AUGGAGCACAGGCUCGUGGGCCGCUUUCCCCGGACUCCCCCCGCCCGCCCCGGUUCCAGACUCGCUGCGGUGGCGGCCGUGGGGCCAACUCGAGGCCGCCGAAACACUAACUCCCAUCCCACCUCGACAGCCACCCUCGGAGGCCCCCAGGGCGUCCGCUGGAGGAGGAGCCAGAGGGUGCCGGGGUCGGCCACCCCCACAUCCGGGACCCGAACCCGGCCACCCCAAAGCCCCGGCACCCAACCGCCCGAAGUUCACUCCUGGCGGCGCCUUCCGGGACGCUACUUGGCCGGGCUCAGCCGGAGUCCGCCCGGGGCCGGGCGAGGACUCCGCGCCCCGCACGUCUGGCUCCAAGACGAGCCAGGGGAAGGGGCGUUGCAAAGACUCCGGGGAGAGCUCGGGGCAGCCACUUCCUCGCACAGCGGAUUCUCCCCAGUCGAACCCCAAGCGUCCUCGGGGUCACCUCCAGCCUUUCCCGAGAGACGGCACCCUUCGCCACAGUUUCCUCCGCGCGACACCCGCUCCCGGGCGGCCAAUACCUUUCAGGGAAAACUCCGAACUCCUCCCGGGGCCGCACUCCCGUCAGUUCGACGCCCCCGGGGAGCCCACGCACCACCCAAGCGGCGCUCUGGGGAGAUCCCCGAGCCGGAGCCAAAUCCUCAGGACGAAAAUGUCCGGGCGCGUCACGGGACAGCCGCCUCCGGGCCCCACGCCCGGCGCUGGCCGCACGCGCUGCUUGUGCCCGGGAGCUGCGCCGCGACCCCGGGCGGGGAGCGCGGACGCCGGGCGGCGCCGGACGGAGAGGGCGCCGUUCCACCUGGGACUCACCGUCAGCUCGGCCGCCGCGGCGGGGAGGCAAGGGACGGGAAGGGGAAGACACAAUAUGGCAGAGCACCGCAGCUGCUCCCGGCAGUUUCCAGCAGCCGCCUCCGGGAAGACGCGGCCACGAGCAGGCAGCAGCAGCUGCGGUGCCGGCCGCGGCAGUACCACAUCCCCCCCUCCCGCUGGCUUCCUCCCUCUCCCCCCGCCCUUCCCCCCGCUGCCAUGGCAACGUGGCGCCAAGGAGAUUAGCCCCGCCCCUCCCUCCCUGGGUUCCCGCCUCCCGCAGCCUCUCGGGAGGAGCGCUCGGCCCGCCCCUUCCCGUCCCCUCCCACCUCAGCUGAAGGGCCGGGCUUGGAUCCGGAGGCGGCUCAGGAGGGCGGGUAGGGGAAGGAGGAGGCUGCGGUGUCCGGAAGGGCGGGGCUCGCACGGAAGGUAGGGCGGAGACGUGGUGGGCCAGUGCGGGUUUCGGGCUGAGGAGAAGCUGGGGAAGGCGGGAAAAUGGAAAGGCCUCGCGUCCCGGGAAGGACCUAUAGGCGUGCGGCGGGGCGCGGCGCGGCCGCUGACUGGCCGAGGAGGCGCGGGGCGGGGCGAGGGUGGCUGUCCCGGCCGGUCAUACCGGGACCGCGAAGCCGGUGUUGGCCCUGCAGGGACAGCCCCCAACAGCCCGAGCCUCUGCGCUUUCCCCCGAGAGCCUUCCUCCCUCGGCCAGGCUUUUUGAAAGCGCUGUAGGGACGAUAAAGCAUGAAUAUAAACUUAGGGCAUUAGUACCCGCGCUGACUGAAAUGUGAUGUGGAAACUGAACUCAAGCUUCCAGCCAGGAUCCAGCAACCACCAACACAAAUAGGAAAAUCAAUUGGAGAGAAAAAACGGAAACAAAUGACUUUUGCCUUACUACUUUUCAGAUAAUGCUUGGGAGCACGCUAAGAAACCUAGAAAUUGGUCUCACCUUCAGCUUCAGAUCCCUUGGAAAUCCUGUCCCAUAUAGCAGAAGGAAAGCACCAUCAUUACCCCUCAAAAAAUAAGCUGGUCAGACUGAUGAAGAUGGAGACCCUCUUCCAUUGUCCAACUAGAUGUUUUCUAACGAAGGAGCUAUAUUUCCAGUCAUCAAAGGAAAUGAUGGGCAAUUUAAAGAAGGAGAAAGGGUGAUGGGUGUUUGUGGAACUAAGGAACUAAGCCCCAUCUUGUCAGGACUGCAAACUUCUGGGUCUUCAGAAAGAAGAGAAAAAUUCUCACAGAAACCGGAGGGGGAAAGACUACCUUAAUUAUAGAACACCAAAGAUAAGAAUUACAUCAGAC